GGAAGGGUGUCCGCGGCCCCUCUUGCCAGCCUCACAGCAGACCCGCGUAACCUAGUGCGUACCAGGAAGCCGCUUGCCCGGUUCCUUUGCUCGUUGCCCGCAAGAUCUGAUCGGGUCUCGGCUCAUGGCAAACCCCUGUUGAUAAGAGCUGGUAGCGUUGCAAAGCACGAAGGCGAAUGUAGAUAACGAAACCAGUCGCCGGGAAUACAAUGCAUUUUCUGCUUGAGUGCAGGCCACAUUAUUAGUGUCAUGGUGCUAAAAUGAUCAGUUGUGUGAUGCGUCACUCUACUAACAUAACAUAGAUUGAUCAAACCGUUUUAGGAUAUCAAGGAAAGUGUGGAGUUGCGAUGUUCCUGCUGAAGCUAACGAUGUGUCACACGAAGAGCGCAUGAGGAGAGAAAGACAUACACUCAGAAGAGGACGCAGACGGGGAAAAUAAGAGAGAGAGUGGAACAAUUAAACAGGAAUAUUCUGGCAAAGGGGAGGAGCGAUACAACGAUUGUGUGCUGCCUGCACUUCAGUAUGUGUCAGGAAGGACCCGGGCGGCGGGGGAGCAGCGAGGUCACCGCCACCUGACCCUCUCCUCCCCCCCCCCGCCACGCCCACACGCCCACGACCCCCACGACGCACCCUCCCCGUCUAGACUGAGCACCGCGCAGGCCGCCCACCGCCCAUCCAGCCAUGGACGCCGAGAAUAGGGUGGUCCUCAACGUGGGCGGAAUCAGACAUGAAACGUAUAAGGCGACACUGAAGAAGAUCCCAGCCACGCGCCUUUCGAGAUUAACGGAAGCCCUCGCUAACUAUGACCCGAUUCUCAACGAGUAUUUCUUCGAUCGGCAUCCGGGUGUCUUUGCCCAGGUGCUGAACUACUACCGCACGGGGAAGCUCCACUACCCGACAGACGUGUGCGGACCGCUCUUCGAGGAGGAGCUCGAGUUCUGGGGCCUCGACUCGAACCAAGUGGAGCCAUGCUGCUGGAUGACCUACACGGCGCAUCGAGACACCCAAGAGACCCUGGCCGUCCUCGACCGCCUCGACCUCGACACAGACAAACCCAGCGAGGAGGAGACGGCAAGAAAAUUCGGCUUCGAGGACGACUACUUCUCCGGAAACCUCUCCUGGUGGCAGAACACGAAGCCGAAGUUGUGGUCGCUGUUCGAUGAGCCUUACUCGUCACAGGCCGCUAAGGUCAUCGGAGUCAUCUCAGUGUUCUUCAUCUGUGUGUCCAUCUUGUCCUUCUGCUUGAAGACUCAUCCGGACAUGCGAGUGCCCGUUAUCGAGAACAUUACGGUGCAGACGGCCGAAAACACGACGGCUUGGACGCUUGACAAGAAGGCGACCAACGCUCACGAAGCCUUCUUCUACAUAGAGUGUGUCUGUAAUACGUGGUUCACCUUUGAAAUCUUGAUUCGGUUUAUAGCGUCCCCCAAUAAGUUUUUGUUUCUGAAGGCGUCAGUGAAUAUGAUAGACUUCAUCGCCACGCUGAGCUUCUACGUGGAUAUCCUGCUGCAGAAGUUCGCCUCCCACCUGGAGAACGCCGACAUCCUCGAGUUCUUCAGCAUCAUACGUAUCAUGAGGUUAUUUAAGCUCACGCGGCAUUCCUCGGGUCUCAAGAUCCUCAUACAGACUUUCCGAGCCUCGGCCAAGGAACUGACGCUGCUGGUCUUCUUCCUGGUGCUGGGCAUCGUCAUCUUCGCCUCGCUCGUGUACUACGCCGAGAGGAUACAGGCCAACCCCCACAACGACUUCAACAGCAUCCCGCUCGGGCUGUGGUGGGCCCUAGUCACCAUGACCACCGUGGGCUACGGAGACAUGGCCCCCAAGACGUACGUGGGCAUGUUCGUGGGCGCGCUCUGUGCCCUGGCUGGUGUGCUCACGAUCGCCCUGCCCGUGCCCGUCAUCGUGUCCAACUUCGCCAUGUACUACAGUCACACGCAGGCGCGAGCCAAGCUGCCCAAGAAGAGGCGCAGAGUGCUGCCUGUUGAGCACGUCCGCGUUGGUCCUCCCGCGCCCGCCCCGAAGCGAGGCGGGGGGCCCAACGCCAUGAAUCGUGGUCCUGGACCAAAGAUGGUCGGCAUGGGCAUGGGUCUAUCUGUUACCUUGAACCCCAAUGGCGUAGGCUUAGAAACGGCCCUCAAGGCCCCCUUAUUAUCCCAGUCGGGGGUGGGUGGGGGUCCCACUGCCCCUCUGCAGCCACUCUUCCCCAUUGCCACCAUGGCGCAAGUGGCCCUAGCGCAGCCCUCCCUGCCCACCUCUGUCCCCACUACUGUUCCUGCUCACCAACCCCCCACCAAUACCCGACCCCAUCAUUCACCCUCACCCCCUCCCUCCCCUACGCGGCCUCUUCUGGGGUCUUCUUCAGGCUCCAUUGGGGGAGUCCGUGGACCUGAGAGUAGCCAGAAUGCCGAAACAGCUGAGAGCAGUUCUCAGGAGCCGGAUUCUCCUGGCGGCCUCACCCCCAGCACCGUCUAGCCCCGGGCAACAGCAGCAGCGGCAGCAGAAGCAGGAAGGCGACGGGAGUGAGGACGGCCGCGACGUCCCCGCCGCUUGGCCAGGUGACGCCCGGCCACUUCUGCUGCGUUGAGGGGCGACGGGGUAUGGCAUGUCGUGAUAGUGUGGCGCGCACGAACAGAGUUGCCUCGUCACAGGCAACGGAGUGGAGAUAUGGCUGCCUAGAUACUCGAUGCCUGUCAAAGGACUGAGACGAAGAAAAUGACUUCUCAAAUAUGAUAAACUAACGGAGCCAGAAACAUUAGGAGAAGUGUCCCUUGUCGGGAGGGACACUGCGUGACAGACCUAUUGUACUGUGAUCCUUUGGUGUUAGUUCUAUGAUUAUUAUACAUUAUUUUCAUUAUUUUGGUGUUCUGAAGACAAUGAUACUUCGAAUGCAAAAUGCUACAGCACUGUUUGCCUGCAUGUUUGUUGACACAUAUUAGCACAAUUGUUUCCUUUUUCAUAAAGGACCAAAACUGGAGUUAGUUAUGUAAUGCUUUCAUACUUACACAAUUUCAUAUUAUAAUGACUGACACUGAAAUGUCCACAACAUCCUGUAUCAUUUUCCUUUUUUUAAACUCAUGAUGUUCAGAGGGCGAUUCAGCAAAGAAUUGAAGUCGACGCUUUGUGGGAAAAACAAUGUUAAGAAUUCCACGAACCGUCGACUUUGUGAAAGGUUUAUUCUGUGUUGAACUCGCCCUCAUUCAUUACUCUACAUCUUUUAUUGUAUAAAAGGGAGUUCAGUCUAGCAUCAGCAGCGAUUAGUGAUUCUAAACGAGUGAAAUAUUUUGCUGAAGCAACAUGUGCAUUAUACAGUCCAUAAUAACAUUUAUAGUUAUAGGGUUGCAAAUCAUACGAUAAUAGGAAUUAGUUCAGAUGGCAUUGUAUUUUUGCUUGUUAGUGCAAGACACUGCAGUGUGGGAGGCGGGUUAACCAUGUCAGGUGUCAGUGACAUGUAACUUGGCAUGACUAAUAAAAUUUGGUGUGGUAAUUAACAGGUUAAUCUGACAGGACCAGAUCUGUUUGUAUAAUAUAUACAUAUAUUAUUUAUAUAAGUCACGUCCGACUGACUUCCUCAGCUGGACUACAAUAUACGGGAUUUACGAAUAAUAAUUAAAAAGAAUAACGCAUCAUUUUUUUUCUCUCUCUCUCAAAUUGCAUUCUCAGUUACGGUUCUUGCUAAAUGGAUGUUGCCCCGAAUGGUGCUAAUCGUACGUUCCCACAAGGCAGUGGUUCUACUGUCUGAAAUAAGUCACAUGCAUAAUACUUACGGUGAAGCUGUUUUAAGUGCUGGAAAAAAAAAAUAUAUAUAACAAUUUGGCGGAAAUGUUUGUAAACACAAGCAAUGCCGUGGCACCUGAGUCAGACGUUUCUGUUAUAUAUGCCAAGGUUGUGGGGAUAAGGCCUUGUGUGUGGGGACAGAUAUUUCGCAUUAAAACACACACACACACACACACACACACACACACACACACACACACACACACACACACACACACACACACACACACACACACACACACACACACACACACACACACACACACACACACACACA